UGGUGCCUAUUGUGGCGGCAGGCGGUACUGCAGGCGGAAGCGCCGCACCUGUUGAUGUCUUGUGGAAGUUCACCUGCAGCUCCAACACCUGAGAAGCUCCUGGAAAGCGUUUCUAUCCCCUUCUCCAGCGAGGACCCGACACCCGGAGCCGAUGGACAAACUGAAGAAGGUCCUGAGCGGGCAGGAGGAGAGCAGCGGGGACGGCAGCGGGAUUCUGGAGAGAGCCAAUCAGGCGUCCACGCUCUCAUGGGGGACGAGGAUGAGGGGCUUCGGCAUCUGCUUCGUCCUGGGAGCGCUCUGCUCCAUCCUGGGUACCUGCUUGCUGUGGGUUCCGGGGUUUGGACUGGCCGUCUUCGCCGUCCUCUACAGCCUCGGAAACGUCUGUGCUCUGGCCAGCACCAUGUUCCUGAUCGGGCCGCUGCGGCAGCUGAAGACGAUGUGCGCUAAAGAGCGAGCGCUGGCCACCGCCAUCAUGCUGGUGUGUCUGAUACUGACGCUGUGCGCCGCUUUCUGGUGGAAAAACAACGGACUGGCACUCUUGUUCUGUGUGCUGCAGUUCAUCGCUUUUACCUGGUAUGGUCUUUCCUACAUUCCCUUCGCCAGAGACGCUGUUAUGAAGUUGUUCUCGCUCUGCAUUUAAGCCCCGCCCCCCGCCCCGGGUCACCUCCCGUCGGACCAAUCGGAGGAGGAGUGUGUGUUCUGUGUCCAGUCACAUUUCAGAGCAGCUCAUCGGUCCUCGAGUUUCAGGCGUCUCCCCCCAUCCACAGGACACUUUUAGGGUUUUCUCUGUUACUACGGCAACUGAAACUUGUGUCAUUUCUUCAACCUUGGAAUUUCACACCACAACACAACAUUUUAACUUUAUUUAUGUGGAAAUCUCUAUUUCCUAACGCAGAAUUUCGUAUUUUUUUUUCGCUUUCAAUUUUUUUUUUUAACAUACUGUGGCAGUGCCUGAGAGUUUUUCAAGUGGAAGUGGCUCGAUGACGAGUCCAAGCUGCUGAAGUCGCACAAACGGUUAGGCUCGUACUUAAGUGAAAUGUUUCAAAAAUAAAGAUACACAGAUCAGAUUCGGAACAUUUCUGUAAACAAUAAUGUGCUGCUGACAGAACACUUUGUCGCUUGUGUCACUAUUGAUUUAUUGUGUAUUUUUCUUUUUAAUAAAUG